AUGGACAACGUGAACACGAUGCCUGGAAAAAUGGCUCCCAUAUGCUUCAGGUAUGUUGAUAAUAUUCGCCUGAACCUAGUACAACAUGACAAACUUCAUGUCUCAAAAUCUCUCAUUGUCAAAUUUCUGAUCCUCAAACUAAUUUUUGGGAUGGAAAAGCAGAAAAAAAUCGGUUCAAGGACAGCUCAUAGUAAACUAUCUCCGAAAAUUUUAUUCAAUUUUUCUUUAUCUUUGAAUAUUUUCAGUGAAUCUAGCUGCUGGAGUACCCAUAGAAAACCCGCGCUGAAGCAAUCCUUGCCCCGCCAGGACAAAUGACACAGAUGCUUACCCAGGAGCACAGAAGAUGCGCUAACCACAUAUCUUACCGGUAAUAUAUCAGUCAGGUUGUUUUUUCUUUGUUUGAAUAAAUUUAUAUCUAUCCUGCACUGUGCAUAAUUUUCUGUUACCUAUAAGUAUUUAUAAUUACCUAUAAGUGAAUUUCCCGGGCGCCGAAAAUAAAAAUUACCUAUAAGUGAUUUCAAAAUCACUUAUAAGAACUUUUAUUUACUUAUAAGAACUUUUAUUUACUUAUAAAAACAUCGAGUUUUUAUAAGUAAAUAAAGGUUCUUAUAAGUAAAUCCGAGUCCCCUGUGUAUAAUGCUCUUUUCUGGGGAAAAAUAUUUUUAAUUCUGGGCGAAAAUAUUUUUCCCAUUUUUUAUUUUUCAAUAUUUUAAAAAUUCUUUAAAAGACGAUUUUUGGCUCGCUGCGUCAGCCGCGGACAUUCAAAAAAAUUUUUUUUUUUGAGUUUUUUAGCCUAAAAUGUUGGUAUAGGUCACUAAAACACAUUCCCAAAAUUUUUUUGCCCAGUGGUGCCCGGAAGGUAGAAAUUUGCAUACGGUUAUAACCGUCCUUCUGAGCUCUGCUGUUGCCGUCGCAAUAAAGACAGCUUGACGAAACCGGCACCAUAUAGGUUUUGGUGGAUGGCAAAUUCAAAAAUCGCAAUUUCAAGUUGGUAGGAUUACAGUAACAUACAGUUUUUGACCUUCGGUUGAUAAAAAUCGACCGUAUCUCCUUCAAAUCAAAAAUCCCACACGAUUUUAUUGCAGAUUUGGAAUCAGCGUAAAAUUCUGGUCUAGGAACAUGUAAUUUGCAUCCUUGAUUCCGUGGCAGAUAAAUCAUGGCGCAGUGGGUUUUGACGAAAACUAGUAAUCUGACGACCCUGGUUCGAUACCCGCUGGAGACAAAUAUUGUAAAAAAGAUGGAAAUGACAUUUAUUGGAAUUAUGAGGGUUGUAUGAGCAACGCUGAGUAUUUUUAGACAUCAAUGGAACAUGAAUUUGAGGUUAAAACAGGAUUUAUAUUAUUUUAGUCUCGGAAUCCGUGAAAAAUAAAACUGCUUCAAACGGGCUGAAAUUGAUAACACUUAUUCUAGGCCUAAUUCUUAGAAACUUUUGCGUUAACUUUUUUUCGUUAGAUUACUGUAUCGUGGAUUACGGUAACAUAAAACCCAAUUUUGUUUUUUCAUGCCACAAGGCGCAGAGCCAUCGGAAUAUCACGAAGAUUGAAGGAAUGGUUAAGAACGAGUGGGCUUGCGCAUUAAUAGUUCGUUUAUGGCCGUACGUUUUGAAAUACCUGAGUUAUCUGACACAAUAUCGCCAAUGGAUGAUGAUAUUAAUUCACACUGAAAAUGAGUUAAAAUUGCAUUUUAAAUAUGAGGCAUGCCCGCUUUCUGCCGUUUGAAUAAUAUAACCAAAAAAAAUUUUAAUUUUAUUCGAAAAUUUUGAAGCAAUCGCCUUUAAGGAGGCCGAGCUUUUUGUUACCGUAAUCCACGAUACAGUAAUCUAACAAGAAAAAGUUAACGUAAAAGUUUCUUAGAAUUAGGCCUAGAAUAGGUGUUAUCAAUUUCAGCCCGUUUGAAGCAGUUUUAUUUUUUACGGAUUCCGAGACUAAAAUAAUAUAAACCCUGUUCUAACCUCAAAUUCAUGUUCCAUUGAUGUCUAAAAAUAGUCAGCGUAGCUCAUACAACCCUCAUAGUUCCAUUAAAUGUCAUUUCCAUCUUUUUUACAAUAUUUGUCUCCAGCGGGGAUCGAACCAGGGUCGUCAGAUUACUAGCUUUCGUCAAAACCCACUGCGCCAUGAUUUAUCUGCCACGGAAUCAAGGAUGCAAAUUACAUGUUCCUAGACCAGAAUUUCACGCUGAUUCCAAAUCUGCAAUAAAAUCUUGUGGGAUUUUUGAUUUGAAGGAGAUACGGUCGAUUUUUAUCGACCGGAGAUCAGAAACAGUAUGUUACAGUAAUCCUACCAACUUGAAAUGCGAUUUUUGAAUUCGCCGUCCCGCAAAACUUAUAUGGAGUCGGUUUCGUCAAGUUUUCUUUAUUGCGACGGCAACAGCAGAGCUCAGAAGCACGGUAAUAUCCGUAUGCAAAUUUCCACCUUCCGGGCAUUUCUGGGCAGAAAAAUUUUGGGAAUGUGUUUUAGUGACCUAUACCAACAUUUUAGGCCAAAAAACUCAAAAAAAAUUUUUUUGAAUGUCCGGCCCCUCGUAUUGUCUGACGCAGCGAGCCAGAAAUCGUCUUUUAAUUACAUGUUUUUUUCAGCCGAACAAUCUCUCUAGCCGACGGAAGCUACGAGCUGUCGGGCUGUGCCCGCGACUUCGACUGGGUCGCCUUCAACAACCAAAUUGAGCCGUUCAUUUUCAUCACGCACAAAUGCAAUGGGAAAAGUGAGACCGUUCUGGUUGAAGUGAAAGUGGAUCGAACUGAUGAUUAUAUGACCCCGGAAUUCGAUGCUGGAAUCAUGGAGCUCAGUCAGGCUACCGAGUUGGAAUAA